CUCGCGCCCGGCUCGGGGAGGAGCUGACCAGGCCAUGGACUUACCCGCGCCUCACUUUCUCGGAACGUGACUGAGCUGCUUCGCUGGUAGCUGGCGCCUCUCCGCUACCAGAGCCGGGGGUUGGGAGAUGACGGUGAUCGUCUCUGUGCUUGGCCCACUGCAAGCACCGACACCCUUCUCGCGGCCCCGGGGCUGCAGACUUAGCAGAUAAAGCAGAGAUGAAACGGCCAGAAGUGAUUUGUGGAUAGCGUUUCCCUACACGCCCACCCGUCCCAGAGAUCUGGUUGGAGUUAGAGAGUGAAAAGAAAAUGAAUUCUCUUCCUGAUUUACCUGCAGGGAACUUAAAUGUGGCAGUCAACAUCACCCCAACUUUGUCCCCAAUACAUGGAUUCAAUUCCACUGGUGACCCACCUUCAAUGUCAAUAACAAGGCUCUUUCCAGCCUUGCUAGAAUGCUUUGGCAUUGUCCUUUGUGGCUACAUAGCAGGAAGGGCCAAUGUCAUAACAUCAACACAGGCCAAAGGACUGGGAAAUUUUGUCUCCAGAUUUGCUCUUCCAGCUUUAUUAUUCAAAAACAUGGUCGUCCUUAAUUUUUCCAAUGUGGAUUGGUCUUUCCUGUAUAGUAUUUUAAUUGCCAAAGCUGCUGUAUUUUUCCUUGUAUGUGUAUUAACCCUCUUGGUUGCCAAUCCUGAGAGUCGAUUUAGCAAAGCUGGACUGUUUCCUAUUUUUGCCACACAAAGUAAUGACUUUGCACUGGGAUAUCCUAUAGUUGAAGCUUUAUAUCAAACGACAUACCCAGAGUAUCUCCAGUAUAUUUAUUUGGUAGCACCAGUAUCUCUUAUGAUGUUAAACCCAAUUGGGUUCAUCUUUUGUGAAAUCCAGAAGUGGAGAGACACUCAAAAUGCAUCUCAAAACAAAGUAAAAAUUGUGGGACUUGGACUUCUGCGUGUAUUACAGAACCCAAUAGUAUUCAUGGUCUUCAUUGGCAUUGCUUUCAAUUUUAUUCUUGAUCAAAGGGUGCCUGUGUAUAUGGAAAAUUUUCUUGAUGGACUUGCAAAUUCUUAUUCUGGAUCAGCUCUUUUUUAUCUUGGUCUUACAAUGGUAGGAAAAAUCAAGAAACUGAAGAAGUCAGCAUUUGUUGUACUGAUUCUUCUCAUCACAGCCAAACUCCUGGUGCUGCCACUGCUAUGCAGAGAAAUGGUGGAACUCUUGGACAAAGGCGACAGUGUAGUAAACCAUACAAGCUUAUCGAAUUAUGCAUUUUUGUAUGGUGUCUUUCCUGUAGCACCAGGAGUGGCUAUCUUUGCAACACAGUUCAACAUGGAAGUAGAGAUUAUAACCUCAGGGAUGGUAAUAAGCACAUUUGUGUCUGCUCCAAUUAUGUACGUUUCUGCCUGGUUACUGACCUUCCCCACCAUGGACCCUAAGCCACUAGCAUAUGCCAUUCAGAAUGUCAGUUUUGAUAUAAGUAUCAUCAGUCUGGUUUCCUUGAUUUGGUCACUGGCUAUUCUUCUUUUAAGUAAGAAAUAUAAACAGCUUCCUCAUAUGCUUACAACUAAUUUACUCAUCGCUCAGUCUAUUGUCUGUGCUGGAAUGAUGAUAUGGAACUUUGUUAAAGAAAAAAAUUUUGUUGGCCAAAUCCUGGUGUUUGUUUUAUUGUACAGCUCCCUCUACAGCACCUACCUGUGGACAGGACUUCUGGCAAUUUCUUUGUUUCUUUUGAAAAAGAGAGAGAGCGUCCAAAUUCCUGUUGGAAUCAUCAUCAUAUCUGGCUGGGGGAUUCCUGCUCUCCUUGUUGGUGUUCUUUUGAUAACUGGAAAACACAAUGGAGACAGCAUUGACUCCGCUUUCUUUUAUGGAAAGGAGCAGAUGAUCAUCACAGCAGUCACCCUGUUCUGCAGCAUUGUGAUAGCUGGGGUGUCGCUCAUGUGUAUGAACCGCACCACCCAAGCAGGAAGCUAUGAAGGUUUUGAUCAGUCUCAGAACGACAAAGCAGCAGAGCCUGGCAACGUUGCUUUUGAGGAGAGUCCAGAUCCACUAAGUGAACCCGAACCUUUUCCAGCUUCUCUCCCAGAAACAAGCUGCUGCUCCUGCUCCUGCUCCAUGGAAAAUGGUGAGUUGCGCUGCCAAUCCACAGAGCCGGUAGCCAACACAAGCGCCAGCAGGCCCGUGACUCCUUCCUUGGAGAAAAAUGAUCAGUGCGUGAGUCGCUGUAACUCCCAGAGCUGCAUCUUAGCCCAGGAGGAAGAGCAGUAUCUGCAGAGCGGAGACCAGCAACUGACUCGACAUGUGUUGCUGUGUUUGCUCCUCAUUAUUGGCCUGUUUGCUAAUCUUUCUAGUUGUUUAUGGUGGCUAUUCAACCAAGAGCCUGGAAGACUCUAUGUGGAGUUACAGUUUUUCUGUGCUGUGUUCAACUUUGGCCAGGGAUUUAUUUCCUUUGGAAUCUUUGGACUGGACAAACAUUUAAUCAUUCUGCCAUUUAAAAGACGACUUGAAUUCCUAUGGAACAAUAAGGAAACAGCAGCAAACAGGGAUUCUCCUGUUCCCGAGGAGAUAAAAAUGACCUGUCAGCAAUUUAUCCAUUAUCACCGGGACCUCUGUAUCCGGAACAUUGUCAGGGAAAGAAGGUGUGGUGCAAAGACUUCUGCGGGAACUUUCUGUGGCUGCGACCUUGUGAAUUGGCUAAUUGAAGUCGGACUGGCAGCGGACCGCGGUGAGGCGGUGAUCUACGGAGAUAGAUUGGUGCAAGGCGGAGUCAUCCAGCAUAUCACCAACGAGUACGAAUUCCGGGAUGAGUACUUAUUUUAUCGGUUUCUUCAAAAGAGCCCUGAACGGAGCCCUCCUGCCACACCCGCAAGCGCUCUGCAACAGGAGCAAUGCAAAGAAACUGAAAGUGCAUCCCCAUCUCCAAAGACCUAAAUGGUGAAGGCUUCCCGUGCCUGAAAGUCCUUCUAGCCCCAUCUGUUACAUAUUAGCACUUGGUCCUGGGCCUCAGUUGCCUAUUCUGUAACAUUGGACAGGAUGUGCUCCCCAUCCCAGGAGAACAUUAUGUGAUUUUUACAUCAGUGUAGAAAUACACAGGAAACUGACUUGGGGGUAGGGGUGUGGAUCAAAAUGUUAAGUUUGGGAGUCCAAGCAAUAGUUUGGCUGGAAGGAUGCUUGCCUUGCACACAGCCGACCCGAGUUUGAUCCUCAGCAUCCCAGAUGAUCCCUCCUUCCCCACCAGCAUCUCCUGGAGUGAUCCCUGAGCGCAGAGCCAGAAGUAAGCCCUGAGCACUGUUGGGUGUGGCCAAACAACAAACAAAAAGCAAAGUUCUGAUAAUGAAUCUAAUAAUUACUAUAAACUAUGAUAAAUUAUAUCACUAUUUCAAAACAUGGCUUCCUGGAACUGUUUGCUCUGAUUUCAAAAUCAAUAUCCCAUUUACCCUUCUUUCAAGAAACACUAGAAUUUCUUUAAAGCUGAAUUUGAUAGAUAUAGUAUUGAAAUCAGGAAACUAGACCUUAAAAUUAAGACAACAUUGCACCUCCUAACAAAAGAAUUUUAAUAAUUCUGAUACAAGGCCUUCUUAUUCUAUUUUCCCCAUUUCCUUGACCAAUAGUACUAAUUGAAAACUGAAACUAUUUUUUAAGGUUCAUCUUUUCUUGUUUUUUUAUUCAAAGCACUAAUAUGUAUACUAUUAAAGUGAUUAGAGCCUCCGUCAAUAUUGCUGUUUGUAAAUCCAUCAACAGAGUUAUAGUCAACCUCUAGCUUUUAUAUAGAAAUUAUUUGAGCAGAUCUGCUUUAAUUUUACCAACAAAAUUAUUGCCAUGUCAUCAAUUCCAGUGUUUGCCCAAAGCCUCAAAUGCCGAAGGAUUACCCUAUUAUCUUAUUCCCUAUUACCUUAUUCCCUGUAAUCAAGAAGAAGAACUAUGUAGUUCAAGCCUGGCUUUUAAAAUUCUGUGCCUCACAUCCAUUUUUCAUUGAGACUUUUUAAAAAUGUCCAUGGACAACUAUCUAAAUUUGGAAAUUACUAAAUGUUGCUCUCCAAUAAAUGUUAGUAAAGAGACUUAGUUACAUGACCUUGAACCUCUGCUUAUUAAGUGCCCAUGCUGGCUUAACUUAUUUAAAAUGUUUAAAAUAUUUAUUUAUCUCAUAUUUUACUGCCUCAUAAUGUAAUUACCAUGAAGAAGAAUAAUUCAUAGGGUCAGAUUAUUGCCCUUUUAAUGCAUAUGUUAAAAUUAUGUAAUUUUUUUUCAGAAAAACCUGCAUGAAAGCUUAGUGAACUUAACAAGUAAAUUAUUCUUUAGUGUAUAGUAUUUGCUUAUACAAUGUUCAGUUAUGAUUAGGGGAUGAGGAUGUUUUUCAGCAGAACCGUCUUGCUGACAACCUUGUUUUUUUUUCUUGAUAUAACAUUAUAACUCUGAAUGCUUAGAAGUGAGGAGAAGGCCUUGUUGCUGUACCAGGAGAGCGGCCUAGCUACAGCAACAGAGAUAUUCAUUCACUUGCAUGCAGACAGCUCAAACGUUGCAUGCAAGCUUGUUGAGAAUUUGCGUUAUUGGUAAACAGGUUGUGCCCCGCAGGCUCUGUGAGGGGCACUCAAGGAAUCUGGAAUCUGCGUUUGCAAGUGCUGUUUCCGUGCUGUUUCCCUCGGGGAACCCUGAGAGGAACCUCCAGAUCAGAAUCAGCUGCAGUUUUAGAGGAUGAAGGCUUUUAGGGGAUGUUUUUAGAAUUAAGAAUAUGCUAAUUUUAUUACAUGAAAAUAUUUGUAACUUUUCUUCCUGAUGAGUUUCUCAAUAAAAUGUCUAUUUUAACUUGUA